AAUAAAUUAUGUGAUACAUCUGUUGUGAUAAUACCCCGUCUUGUGAUUUAUCAUCUCACCAUGCCCUUUUCCCGCUGACAUACACAACCCUCUGUCCGACGAAGAGUUUACGAUUGGCUGAUCUCACCAAGAAUUCCGCAGCACGAAGAAGCAGGAUGGCGUACCAGCACAGAAGCAUUAAUUGGAGCCGACACCGUCACCCAAUAAGAGUGAAGUCUCAUUUUUGAGGUGGAAGUGUCUCAUCAGCAUUGUGAACAUGUCGCCUGUUCCCUCUGGUUAUCCUGGGUCUGUAAUUAAGAGGAUGACUGUCUGUCCGCAUGGGUUGAGCAGAGAGGAGGAGAGUGUUGUAAUUGUUCUGUCACCAGGGUGCCGCUCUCAGGGCUGAGGAGGCGGUGGGAGUGUCCGCUGAGGGAGGGCUCAGGGGAAUGCACGGUUCGCUACUGAGGGAGCAUUCUCGAGCCGAGCUGAGUGAAGCCGGACACGCUCUGGAAAGGAUCUCCUGUAUGAUCACAAACCUGCUUUGAUUGGAUUUGCGCUUAAUCUGUUGGAGGUGAAGCAGCUCAAAGCAUCACAUUUACUGUGUUUGGAGGAUUUUACUGGAUACCGAUUCAGUCUUUGGAAAGGAUUGGCUCGGGACGGACAUGUUCAACAUCAUACAUGCCCUGAUAUUCAAAGGGUAAAAAUAAACACUCCUAGAUUUUGGAGGGACCUAUCUUUUUUGUUUAUACAUGUAAGGAAGCAACUUCUGAUACUGGAGUGACUGAACUCUGAAAAGCGUUGGAUAGAAAAUUGCAUUAUUUUGGAUGACACUGAGAGGGGCGAGAGAGUUUAUCAUCCUCUUUUUAUCGUAUCAUUGGUGUUUUGGGUUGCUCUGACAAAUAGAGACAGCCCCCAUCCCUCCCUCCAAAUGAAGGUCUUGCUGAUGUCGCUAACACCACAAAGGCGAGAGCAGAAAACAGUGAGCACAAUGCCACGAGGAGGAGACAUUUAGAACCCAAGAAAGACUAAAGGAAACCUGAUAGAAAAAGCUGUUUGUUAUCACUUUUGGGAACUUGGAGUGCAUCUGGACAAGUAAAGAAGAACAUUGUCUCCAAACACCUCGACAUGUUUGCCCCGACGACAGCCCUGCCUCCUCCUCCUCCCCUCUUAACAGGAAGUGCUCUGCCAGUGCCCAGUGCACCAUCAACUGCUCCCUACACAGAUCAUGACCUACUGCGGCAGGAGUUAAACUCUCGGUUCCUGGCCUCCCAGACUGUCGAUCGAGGAGGCGCACCAGGUCCCCAGGCCUACCUGCGCACGGAAUUUCACCAGCACCAGCACACACACCAACACACACAUCAGCACACCUUCUCUCCCUUCUCCCAUUCCAUCAUGCCCAGCCCAGCAGCACCACUGGUGCGUACCCCUGCCAGACAAUUUGACAAAUACCCCGCUAAAGUGGACACCUUCCAUAGACACAGUUUGGUCCCGUCCUAUCCGUCAGUAAUGACUGGAAUACCUCCAAUGGUUCCACCUGCUGGACCAUUCAGCUCUCUCCAGGGAGCUUUUCAACCCAAGGCUUCCAACCCACUAGAGGUGGUGCCAAGACCAGGAUCAGUGGCACACCAACUUUUACAGAAGGACUCCAGACUUCUUGACCCCAUGUGUCCUAAACCAAAGAAACCUGGGAAGUGGUGUGCAAUGCAUGUCCACAUUGCAUGGCAAGUUUACCAUCAUCAGCAAAAAAUGAAGAAGCAGAUGGAGCCACAUAAGUUUGACUUUGGGUUUAAGCCUGAGUUUCAGAACAAAUCGCCUGGCUCAAGAUUCAUGGGAUUGCAGCCACGUGAUUUACCCCGUCCCUCCACCAUCCUCUCUAAUGCAGGUCCCACACACCCUUCAGUUUCCCCCUAUGGAUCCCCACCGCAUACCCCAAACAAUCUCAACAGUGUAGUCCCCAAUCACGGCCUAAGUAUACUGAGUUCAUCUGCCUUUGGAGGACUAGGAAACCCAUCAAUAACACCAAGUGCAGCACAUGGGACUAAAGAUGGUAAAACAGUGCCAACUUCAAGCGGACCACCUGAGUCCUGGAACAGACUGCAGCAGACGCCCCCAUCCUUCCCGACGCCCCCUCUCUGUUCAAGGCCUUCUGAAACUGAGAGAGCUCCCUCCAUACUAGACAGAGCAGCAAAUAAGAAAGAUUCCCUAGAGAACAAAGAUGACAAGGAAAGGGAACCUAAAGAGAAAUCAAAUGGACAGCAUUCGUCCCCCAUCAGAAAUACUGCACUGGACAACAAACAACCAACAGAGUCCUUAAAAAGUUCCAUUCGAAAUGAUCCCAAGGAAGAGGACCAGCCAAGAGAGAAAACACAAGCCCAAGAGCUUCCACAACAAACUCAAGAAACUGAGGAGCAAAAACACAAAGAGAUCCAAAGUGACAAAAGAGAAAAGGACGUGAAAAGUGAGCAGCACCCCACUGAUGACAAGCCGGCAGAAAAGGAGAGUUCAUCACCCAAGCAGCAGAGAGAGGAUCUCAAACGGCCAAACAGUGAUAGCCAACCCUGGGAGCCAGCUGAGAAGAAGAUUAGAGUCGAGUAUGAAACCCAUGCCAAAAGCAGCAAGGUGAGAGUGAAGGAGGAGAAGAAAGACGACCAGGACCGUGAGGUUACAACACACCAGAAAGUUUUGGAAAAAACAUGGCAGGAUUCCAGAGCCUCUGCUAUUAACCAUUCACCUCUUUCAACUAUUCAUUUGCCAUCCUUUGGAAUCGCAGCUGGCCACCCUGGUCUUGACAGAACUAGGCUGGUGUCACCUUUUCUGGGAAUGGGACCAUUACCUGGUGCCGAAAGGCUGCCUUACUUGCCUCAACACUGGGAGUCUAUGCGGAAUGUUUACCGGGGUUUAGAUCUUCCUCGUAGGGACUCCUUGGGCAAGGACCUCUUAAUAAGAACCGACCCCCUGCAACGUACCAUGAUGGGGCACCCUGCGUACUCACGAGAGCCAUUUCUGCAGUCCAUGGUCCUGGAGCAAAGGAGUCAAAUGGAGGAACGACAACGCCUGGCCUUCCUGAGAGAAGAGAGCGAGCGAUGCCGCCUACUGGCUAUGCAUCAUACUGCACUGGAUCCUCAACUACUGCCUCCAGGACUCUUCGCAGCCGCUUACCCCAGCACAGGGCUCCUACAUUACAGCUCGCUCAGUAGGACUCUACCUGCUGCUUACGUACACACCCAACCACACCCACUUUUCCCAAUGCUGGCAGCACGUCCAGGGUCUCCGAGACGGAUGACCCCUCUCACAGACAGACCUGUUUUCCACCCGCACAGAGAUACUGAGACUCGGUGAACUGGACUUCAUCAGAAUCUGAUGGACUCGUGUAUGUCAAGCACUUCAUGUGAAACAAAGUGUAGUCAUGAAAUGUACAGUGAAGGAAAUGUUUUUUUGUUGAGUUUUUUUCCCCCCAAAACAAAAAAUGACUUUAUUAAAAUGACUUCUGAGAAAAAACGACUUUACUUG